CCCCAAAUACGACAUUCCUUACUCAAAAAAGCUGCCUGCAGGCUUCAGACAGUCUUUUGGAGGUCGUCCACGUCUGCAGCCCACUUCAAAACCUAAACAGUUAUCACCACGAAUGUUUUCAUUUUUCAACUUUAUUUUGUGAAAAUGUUUGCCUGUUGCAUCUUGUUCGUGUUGGUGUGUUCGGUGGGCUGCAACCCCAACCCGCUCGGCGAUGUAGUCGUGAACAGGCAAUUUAUCCCACCAACUUGUACGCGGCAAGCCCAAGACGGAGAUCAAGUUCGGUAUCACUACAACGCCACUUUUCUCGACGGAAAAACGUUCGAUUCCAGUUACCAGCGAGGGGCAGCCAAGGUGGGCCUUCUCGGGGAGGGUCGCCUGAUUGCAGGCAUCGAGAAAGGCCUGAUGGGGAUGUGCGUCAACGAGCGUCGGAUGAUCACCGUCCCUCCGCACCUGGCCUACGGCAGCACCGGAGCAGGCGACGUGAUCCCUCCGGACACGACGAUUGUCUUCCACGUCCUUCUGUUGGAUUUGUGGAACAAAGCGGACCUGGUGGUCACUAAAACCAUUAGCACCCCCAAAGAUUGCAAACGCUCAGUGAUGCGUAGUGACUUUGUGCGCUACCACUACAACGGCACUCUUCUGGAUGGCACCACAUUUGACUCCAGCUACGUGCGGAAGCAGACUCGCGACUCCUUGGUGGGCGAGGGAUGGCUGGUCAAAGGCAUGGAUGAGGGCCUUCUGGGCAUGUGCGUGGGCGAGAUCCGCCAUAUCGUCAUCCCGCCUUUCAAAGGCUAUGGAGAAAAAGGCUCAGGAGUGGAGAUUCCCCCCCACGCCACUCUGGUGUUUGAUAUCCUGUUAGUUGACGUCCACAAUCCUAAAGACAACAUCACAGUGGAGGAGCAGACAGUGCCGGAGUCGUGUGAUCGCCGGACCGUGGCAGGGGAUUACAUCCGCUACCACUACAACGGAACCUUCCUGAACGGCGUCACCUUCGAUACCAGCUACCAGAGGAACACCACAUACAACACGUACAUCGGAAUGGGCUACGUGAUCGCAGGUAUGGACCAGGCCUUGUUGGGGGUCUGCAUGGGUGAGCGAAGGAGGGUCAUCAUCCCGCCGCACCUGGCGUACGGACAAGGCGGAGCGGGUAAUGUGAUCCCACCUUCCGCCGUACUGGUCUUUGACAUCCACGUCAUCGACUUCCAUAACCCGAGCGACCAAGUGGACGUUCAGGUCCUCCACCGACCCCCGGCAUGCAACCUGACCACAGAGGUGGACGACCUGGUCCACUACCACUACAACUGCACCCUGGUGGAUGGCACACGCCUCUUCUCUUCACACGAUUAUGAGAACCUCCAAGACGCCGUGUUGGGCUCGGACAAGGUGAUCGAUGGGCUGGAACAGGCUUUGCGGGGCAUGUGCGAGGGGGAGAGGCGGCUGGUCACCGUGCCGCCUCAUUUGGGUCAUGGAGAAAAAGGAGCCCCGGGAGUGCCUAGCAGCGCCGUGCUGAUGUUCGACAUUGAGAUGGUGCGCGUGCAGAAGGGCGUGCCGCCGGGUUAUCUGUUCGUGUGGCUUCAGGACACGCCCGAGGAUCUCUUCCAGGCCAUGGACGUCAACAAGGAUGGCGCUGUGCCCCAAGAAGAGUUCGCAGACUUCAUCAAGCUGCAGGUGUUGGAAGGUAAAGGUCGGCUGAAGCCCGGGGCGGCUGCCGAUCAGGUGAUCGCCGACAUGUUCGCCAACCAGGACCGCGACAAGGACGGCCGCAUCACGGCCGAGGAGCUCAAGCUGAAGGUGGACGAGGAUAAGGAGCGAGCGGCGCACGACGAACUGUGACCGUUGACGUCGCAGUCUUUCCUCUUGUUGUCUCAGGGACAAGCGUCAACAUUUUAAGGACACACACAGUCAACUGUAUUUUUAUGUUUGUCGAAUUCUGUCCUACAAAGUCACACUUCAAAUUUCAGACUGAUGAAAUUGGUAUAAAACUUAAAAUGUUCACCUUUUGCGUAGCAUUUUGAUCAAUAAGGUUGCACUAACCAAAGAAAAAUGUGUUUACUUUCUUUUCUUUUUUUAUUUUUAGAUUUGGAGAUGUAUUUUGAAAUUAUGAUAUGAUUAAAUACACAUGCUACCUAAUGUGUUACCUAAUGUGAGUAGCGUUAUCGUGAUAACACUGUUCUUACUAGAGGGCACCAUGUGAUAAAAAAAAAAACCCAAAAAAACAUUUUAACGUUGGACAUCCUUUUUUAAAAACUAUGAA